GGGGCGGAUCACUAUGUUGUUCAUUCUGAUCACAGCAGUGCUGUUGAGUCUCUAGGCUAGCACAGCUUACGCUAGCUUGGCAAUAGCUCUCGCAUGAAUUAGCUCGUUUCUAUUUACGCUACGGUCGAACUAAAUAUAUUUUUUUAAAUAAUGUCGAAGGAGUCUCCCCGUGAGCCGGAGCAGCUCCGCAAGCUCUUCAUUGGUGGGCUGAGCUUCGAGACCACCGACGAGAGUUUGCGGACCCAUUUUGAAAGAUGGGGUUCCCUCACAGAUUGUGUGGUAAUGAAAGAUCCAGUCACAAAGAGAUCGAGGGGCUUUGGCUUUGUCACUUACAGCUCUGUGGAUGAAGUUGAUGCAUCAAUGGAGGCUCGUCCUCAUAAGGUUGAUGGCCGCCAAGUGGAGCCCAAGAGAGCGGUGUCCAGAGAGGAUUCUUCAAGGCCAGGUGCUCACACCACUGUGAAGAAGAUCUUUGUGGGUGGCAUCAAGGAGGACACAGAGGAGCAUCACCUUAGGGACUACUUUGAUCAAUUUGGCAAGAUCGAAGUCAUCGACAUCAUGACUGAUAGGACCAGCGGGAAGAAGAGGGGGUUUGCCUUUGUUACAUUUGAUGAUCAUGAUGCAGUCGAUAGGAUUGUCAUCCAGAAGUAUCAUACAGUGAAUGGUCACAACUGUGAAGUGAGGAAGGCUUUGUCAAAGGAAGACAUGAACCGGUCCGGGCCAAGAGGUGGAAACUUUGGUAGAGGUGGCGGAUAUGGAGGUGGUUUCGGUGGAGGGAGAGGAGGAGGUGGAGGAUAUGGUGAUAACGAUGGAUACAAUAACUAUGGAGGCAAUGGUGGCGGCUAUGGUGGAGGUCCCGGCGGGUAUGGUGGUGGCAACCGGGGCUAUGGCGGAGGCGGCGGCGGUGGUUAUGGUAACCAGGGUGGCAGCUAUGGAGGAGGAGGAGGAGGAUACGACAACUACAACAAUGGAGGUGGUGGUGGUGGAAGCUACAGAGGUGGUAACUAUGGAGCUAGUAGUGGUGGUGGGAGCAGCAGUGGAAGUGGUGGUGGUGGUGGUGGAGACUACAAUGACUUUGGCAAUUACAACAGCCAGUCGUCCUCCAGCUACGGCCCAAUGAAAGGAGGCAGCGGCUAUAGUGGCGGCAGUGGAGGGGGCCGGAGCAGCGGCCCAUAUGGUGGUGGUGGUGGUGUUGGUGGUGGUGGUGGUUACGGAGGCGGCUCCGGUGGUGGAUAUGGAGGGGGCUCCGGAGGUCGAAGGUUCUAGGUUCUGAGGCUACAGUACUUAGGAGAGGAGAGCCAGAGAGGUGACAGGGAAAGGAAGCAGCAGGUUUACCCCCUAGAUCUGCUCAGCCAAGCACAGUUGUGGCAGGUUUACAUCUGCCACAUGAAGAGAAAUGUACAGUAGAAAAGGAAAAAUCAUGUGGAGAGGGAGGGAGGGGAAUGGGUGGGUCCUUUUCAAACCGUUCUUGUCAAAUGCUUCCCAGCAGGAUUAUAUGAUUUUGUAGUUUUGCUGUUUUUGUCUUUGAAGUGUAAAGCAUUCCACUAAGGUUUUAUGUAGGUAUUUUGAUUUUCCCCGCACCUAUAGGGUGUUUUUAAGAUGUAACCGCCACCAAAUCAAGAUUAAAUAAACCGCUUUUCAGUUUUUGUUUUUUUACAUUGUGUAUUUUGAUUGAUGGGUUCCUGUUGAUUGUGUUACAUGAGAUGAGUAGUCCUCAACAGAUGAGUAGAUGGUAUGAAGUGUAAUUGGAAUAUCCUCAGAGUACUUGCGUUAUGUUCCAUAUUCAGUAUCAAAGCAUGUCAUUGUUUAGAAAAGUGCAUUUUUGUUUAGAUAGUUUACCUCAAUGCCUUUGGUGUAAAUACCCUGCUUUUGCAUACAGAGGUCAAAGGCCUUUGUGCUUCUGGGCCGCCGGGCCGGUUUCUCCCCUAAAGUUUAGCAUUGUUGCCACUGGACAAAAUAAAAGUUUGCUUAAUGGCUUUUC